AUGCCUGAAAUCGUAGACGACAAGUCACAACAUUGCAUUCCCUUCCUGUUGGAACGCCUACGAAUCCAUACCGACCGGCACCGCGGCAAUACCCCGCCAUUCUUCAUCGGCCUAAAUGGCGUCCAAGGAGCCGGCAAGACAGUACUGGUCUCCGCACUCAAUGACACCCUGCGCUCUCAGCCGUAUUCUCUGUCCGUCGUGACGCUGUCCCUUGAUGAUAUCUACCUGACCCACGCCGAUCAGGUUGCGUUGGCACAGGCGCACCCGAAUAAUCCGCUAUUGCAGCAUCGCGGGCAGCCAUCUACCCACGAUCUGGUCUUGGGUGAGGAGGUCUUUACCUCGCUGGCGGCUGAGCGGCCAACUGCUAUCCCGCAGUAUGAUAAGUCUGCGUUUGCAGGCCAGGGUGAUCGCGUGCCGACCGAUCAAUGGAAGAUCGUCAAUGAAGACGAGCCCAAGGUUAAGGUUGUGAUCUUUGAGGGGUGGUGUGUUGGGUUCCGGGCCUGGGAUGACAACACACUCCGUGCAAAGUGGGAGGCUGCAGUGAAACAGAAGGAAUCGGGCGAUUAUAACGGCAGAUUGGGACAUGUGCAAUUCGAAGAUGUGAAAGCCGUCAACGACGCGCUGAGACAAUAUGAUGUUUUGACCAAUGACGCCGAGAACCCACGAUUUGUCUAUGAGUGGCGCCAAGAGCAGGAACGCACUCUCCGUGCGGCGAAAGGCGCCGGAAUGACCGAAGAACAGGUGAACCACUUUGUGGAUGGCUAUUACCCAUCCUACGAACUGUUCACUGAAACCCUCCGCGAGGGCGCUUUCAAGCCCAGUUCGCCCUCAUCUGAUUGGCAAGGCCGACAGCUUCGCCUUGUGGUUGAUCGCAACAGGCGAGUUCAAGAAGUCAUUAAAAUUUGA